UGGGUUUAAAAAUAAUUUAUAACGUUCUUGAAGUCACGUUGUCAUCUUUCGUUUCUCGGCCGCGGUCGCUUUUUUUUGGCAGUUCAAUAACGGCCGCACUCGCCGUCGCACUGCGCACUCUUCGUUGUGUCGCCACCGUCAGUCGUUGCGCUGGUGUCUGUAAAACUCUAACGAUGUCGUGUUACUGUCCGAACUGGAUGAACGAGAGCCCGCUGGAAGUGCCCAUCAAUCUCGAUCAUCAAUCGGAUCUACUUAAGGGACCAGAAAUUGUGCACGUUUCGAAAUUUUAUAAAGAAGGAAUAGAAGGAAAAUUUUUAAGCAAUAUAGCACCAGAUGCUAGGACUCUGUACGAGACGUUUCGAAAAGGCGCAAAAGUUUCAAACAACGGAAAGUGCCUAGGCUGGCGUGAAAAUAUUAGUAAACCAUUUCAAUGGAUUCAUUACAACGAGACAUUACUUCGUGCUCGAAAUUUUGGUUCAGGUCUAUUAGGUCUUGGUUUUCCAAAAGCUACUCAGAUUUUCAUCGGAAUAUUCAGUCAAAACUGUCCCGAAUGGAUUUUAACAGAACAAGCGGCUUAUUGCUUUUCUAUGGUGGUUGUACCACUUUACGAUACAUUGGGCCCAGAAGCUUGUUCAUUCAUUAUAAACCAAGCGGAAAUAUCAGUGGUGGUGGUCGAUACGGACGAGAAAUGCAACCAGUUAUUGGAUAGAUCGCCCAAAUGUCUUCGGCGGAUAAUCGUCAUCCGCGGUACCCGACCAUCAACUAGCCAGAAAGCCAAGAACCGUGGUGUUGAAUUAUUGACUUUCGACGAAGUGGAGAAAGCUGGUGCAUCUAAAACGUUUCCAGAACAGCCUCCAAAACCUACUGAUUUGUGUACAAUAUGCUACACUUCGGGCACCACGGGAUUACCAAAAGGAGUGAUGCUGACCCACGGUAACGUCGUGGCAGCUGUCAGUGCCAUUCUAGUACAACUUUCUCAGUACAGGCCGAGCGUGGGUGACGUGAUGAUCUCGUACUUGCCUCUAGCACACAUGUUGGAAAGGUGUUGUGAAAACGGAAUGUAUUUGGUCGGAGGUUCAGUCGGUUUUUACAGUGGAAAUAUUAAGUUUCUGUUUGAAGAUAUGAAGGUGCUGAAGCCGACAAUCAUGCCCAGUGUCCCUCGUCUGCUUAACAGAAUCUACGAGACGGAAAUGGCGAACAUUGUUCCGCAAUUUUUUAAACGCGUCAUGUUCAACAUGGCGCUCCGGUCGAAAGAAAACGAAAUUAAAAAAGGCAUUAUCCGGAAAAACAGUAUCUGGGAUCGAUUGGUGUUUGGCGCUUUGCAGAGAAACAUGGGCGGUCGGCUGAGGCUGAUGAUUACAGGCUCGGCCCCAUUGGCCGGUAACGUUUUGACUUUCAUGAGAUGUGCACUCGGGUGUAUAGUGGUAGAGGGAUACGGCCAAACAGAGUGUACGGCGCCCAUAACGUUGUCGAUCCAAGGUGAUAUGAACACGGAGCACGUAGGACCGCCAAUAGCUUGUAAUUUGGUUAAGCUAGCCGACGUACCGGAAAUGGAAUAUUACGCGACGUCUAACCAAGGGGAAAUUUGCGUAAAAGGGUCCAACAUCUUUCAAGGGUACUUUAAAGAUCCCGAUGCCGUUUCGUUCGACGAUCACGGAUGGCAUCAUACCGGAGACAUUGGAAUGUGGCUUUCUAAUGGCACACUUAAAAUAAUCGAUCGCAAGAGACAUAUAUUUAAACUCUCUCAAGGCGAAUAUAUUGUUCCAGAAAAAAUUGAAACAAUUUAUCAUAAAAGUCAAUAUGUAAAACAAGUAUUUGUUCACGGAGAAUCAUUAAAGUCGUGUAUCAUAGCCAUAGUGGUCCCCAUGGUGGACGUCAUUAAAUCGUGGGCACAAGAAAAUGGCAUAUCCGGUACGCUAUCAGUGUUGUGCGCGAACCCUGAAGUCAAAAAGCUCAUUAUGGAUGACAUGACAGCGUGGGGAAAAGAUGGUGGUCUUAAGUCAUUUGAACAAGUGAAAGACGUCUAUCUGCAUCCGGACCCUUUUUCUGUGCAGAACGGACUGUUGACACCUACGUUCAAAAUGAAACGUCCACAGGUCAGGUCUUACUUUGCGCCGCAGAUCGAAGACAUGUAUAUGAAAUUGAAAUGAAUGCCGAAUGGAUACAUAUAAUAUACAUUAUACAUAAAUUAUUCAAAAUGUUAAGUACAAUAAUAUGUAACUGCCUGUUAUAGUAGACGCGAUAUAUUUUCUAUUUCUGUUUAACGCGUGUUUAAUUAUUAUAUCAGUAUUAUAAUAUAAUAGGUAUAUAUAGGUGUUGAUGAUAAUACGAUUACUUUUGCCCCACGAUGUUAAUAAUAAUAUGUUAAACAUAAUACGAGUAUUUCUGUAAGACGUGUAAUAAAAUUUUGCUGAAGAUCA